CGUGCCAAAAUGUUCUUUUCCUGCAGUGAAGGGGAACGGGGUGAGAGAGAGGGGAAGCGGGCUCCAAAUUGCUCCUCCCGCCCAGGCGCCUCUGCCUCGCCAAUUUGGGAAAGAAUAGAGGAUAAAGGGAGGGAAGAGAGAAAAGAUGCAUCUGUCUAUUCUCGUCUCUGCUCCUUCUUUAUUGCUACUACCAACCCCAUCUCGCCUCUCCUCUGGUCCAUUCUUCGCCUGUCCUUCUUCCCUUGGCGUCUCCAAGAUCUCGUCUCCUCUCGCGAUGCGUCGCCGGAGGACGGCGGUUCCUCCCACCGUCAUCAGAUCGCCGGCCGCCGUCGGGGAGUCUAGGUCCACUGCCGCAGGGGAAGGUCAGGAUGAGAACAGGGUGCUUCCAGACCUUGGGACACUUUUAAGGAGAUUUUGGAAGGUGGCUGCACCAUAUUGGUCAUCAGAGGACAAAGUCCAAGCUAGGCUAAGGCUUGCUGCAGUAUUUGCUCUCACCUUGGGAACAACAGGGAUUAGUGUUGGAUUUAACUUUCUUGGGCGUGAUUUUUACAAUGCACUUGCUAACAAGGAUCAGGAACAAUUUACAAAGCAACUUCUCUACUAUUUAGGGAGUUUUGCUGGAGGAAUUCCGUUCUUUGUUGUAAGAGACUACGCAAGGGAGACCCUUUCUUUAAGAUGGCGAUCUUGGAUGACAGGCUACUAUAUGAAACGCUAUUUUAGGAACCAGAUGUUUUAUAAAAUUCAAUCUCAGUCUAUAAUUGACAAUCCAGACCAACGGAUUGUUGAUGAUCUAAGUUCCUUCACUGGAACUGCACUUUCAUUUUCUUUGACUCUCUUCAAUGCAGCUGUAGACCUGAUAUCAUUCAGUAACAUUCUGUAUGGAAUUUAUCCACCAUUAUUUGUUGUGCUUCUUGUUUACUCUCUCGGUGGCACAGCUAUCAGUGUGUUCCUUGGAAAGGAUUUAGUCACUUUGAAUUUUCUGCAAGAGAAGAAAGAAGCAGAUUUUCGUUAUGGGCUUGUGCGGGUUCGAGAAAAUGCCGAAUCAAUUGCCUUUUAUGCAGGUGAGGAAAAUGAAGUGCAACUGUUGCUGGAGCGUUUCAGAAGGGCUUUUGAAAAUUUAAAACAAUUGCUGAUUUCUUCUCGAAAUCUGGAGUUCUUUACCAAUGGUUACCGCUACUUAAUUCAGAUUCUCCCUGCUGCUGUUGUUGCUCCAAUGUAUUUCACGGGAAAAAUCGAGUUUGGUGUGAUCAACCAAUCUGUCUCUGCUUUCAAUCAUAUUCUUGGUGAUUUUUCCAUCAUUGUCUAUCAAUUUCAAGCAAUCAGUGCCUUCUCAGCUGUCAUAGAUCGUCUAGGCGAGUUUGAUGAUAUUUUGGAUGGUAGCAAGUCUUAUAUACCUGAAUAUGGUAAUACCGAGAAGAUAAAUAUUCAGUUUCAAGAUGAAAAGAUUCCAACCUCCUUGGGGUCAAAUGGAUCUGUGCCUAAGGCUGGCUGCCGUAGGUUAUUAGAGAUCCAAAAUUUAACAUUACAGACACCACGAAGUGGUCACAUUCUUAUUACCGACCUAUCACUUGAUAUCAAUGACCAAGAUCACUUACUGGUGAUGGGCCCUAGUGGGAGUGGUAAGACUUCAUUCUUACGAGCUCUGGCUGGUCUCUGGACUACUGGUGCAGGGAAUAUCACAUUCUAUAUGAGGGAUGCUGGGCAAGUUCAAACAUCCAUUUCAGCUGAUACUAAUUCUUCCAAACCAAUGACUUCAUUAAAGAAAGAGGAACAACUUGAAAGUUCUGAAAACAGGCGAGCUAGGGGUGUCUUUUUCCUUCCCCAAAGGCCAUAUAUGGUAUUGGGAACACUUCGCCAGCAACUACUCUAUCCAACGUGGAGUGAGGAUAUAAUUUUUCCUUCAGAAAACUCCCAAACGACUGGCUCUCUACCUUUACUGUCUGAACUGUCGAGGCCAGCAGAUGAAUCCAUUAAGCCUAAGAAGCCCACAGUUGAUGAUCUGAUUCAUGUGCUUGAAGUUGUUCGGCUUGGAGACAUCUUGUCUCGUUUCAAUGGCCUGGAUUCCAUAUAUGAAUGGUCAAGUGUUCUUUCUCUUGGUGAGCAACAGCGCCUUGCAUUUGCUCGUUUGUUACUUUCAAAACCAAAAUUGGUUUUAUUGGAUGAGUCUACAAGUGCAUUGGACGGUACCAAUGAGGCUCAUCUGUACAGGCAGAUUGAAGCUGCAGGGAUUACAUAUAUCAGCAUUGGACACCGCAAGACACUAUACAACUACCACAACAAGGUCUUGCACAUAUCGAAAUAUAAUUCAAGGAACAACACUGAACGGAACUGGUAUCUUGAGUCCAUUAACCCAACCACUGCCAUUGAAGAGGCGAACUCAGCAUUUUAAAUGCGAAGAAACAAUAUGGUUCUGUACAUGUAUAAACAAUCAAUGGCUCUGUCGCAGAUAAGUCACCAUUUGGCUUGGAAGCAAUUGUUAGGAAAGAAAAAAGUGUCCUUUUUAUGUGAAGAUGGAUCAUCAACAUUAUCCUGCCAUUCUCUGUGCUAGGGCUGAUGUUCACAACUUCACAUUCCUAAGUCGCUUUUUUUUUUCUGGAAAAUGCAUCAAAUCUCCAAAGUGCCCUAGCCAAGCCAUGGAUCAGCAGGGACAAGCCUCGACCUACCAGCCAUUCAUGGCAUGAUCACAUGAGAUGGUUUGUAUAAAGGUGGUGAUAUAGAUGCCUUGGAAGGAUUGAUGUAAGCCGAACCUGGCUUGAUUAUUCAUAUAUGGUGCUGUUAACCUCAAUGUAGCAUGGAGUAUGAACGAACAUAGAUGAUGCCUUUUUUUGCAAGGUUGAUACUUACAUGCGCCCACUUUUGUUGGACUCUUUACAA